ACUUUCGCGCUUUCCUUGCAAAACAGAGCUGGUGGAUGAAACAGAGCAAUUUCAAGUCAAUGUUGUUUCUUCGUUACCUGUUUCAGAUCAACAGCUGCUCAGCAUGAAAGCGGAGACUGAUAAAGACACCCUCAUGACCGAACUCUGCCGUUACGCAAGUACAGAGUGGCCCCAAAGCAAGCAGCAGCUGCCGGAUGCUUUAAAACCAUACUGGAGCUACCGUGAUGAGCUCCACGUCGAGGAUGGGCUGCUUCUCAGAAGCAACAAGCUUAUAAUUCCGCCAGCAAAACGCAAGGAAGUUCUCGGCCUCCUCCACGCUGCACAUUGUGGCGAAGAUAAAAUGAAGGCGAGAGCAAGACAGGUAAUGUACUGGCCAAACAUGAAUGCCAACAUUUCUGAUGUGGCGAAGUCAUGCGCUGUUUGCGACAAGUACAAAAAAAGAAAUGCAAAACUGCCCAUGCUGAGUCACGAACUACCGAGUUUGCCAUGGCAGUUUGUCGGGGUCGAUCUUUUCCACCACGAAGGCAAUGAUUACCUCAUAGUGGUAGAUUCUUACUCAUUUUUCUUCGAGGUUCGCAAGCUUAAUCGGACUACCGCUACUGCUGUAAUCAACGCAAGUGCCGAAAUCUUCGCGACACAUGGCAUUCCCGCCAAACUGUGCAGUGACAACGGCCCUCCUUUCAACAGUGCAACUUUCCAAGCAUUCACAAGUCAAUUUAAUAUCAGCCACACCACUUCUAGCCCGUACUACCCACGUGCCAACGGCUUGGCAGAACGUGCCGUUCAGGAAGCUAAACAUCUGCUAAACAAAUGCCCGUUUUCCACCCUUGAAUUUUACAGCGCGUUGUUGGAAUGGAGGAACACUCCAAGGGACGAACAGUUGCAGUCGCCAGCUCAAAGGCUCAUGGGACGUCACACCAGAAGCCAACUCCCGGUUCUCAACUGCCACCUGGAGCCCAAGACGAUACCCACGGAAGCAGUUCGUCAGCGACUACAAGAAAUACGACAUAAACAGCGUUCCUACUACAACAGAACGACACGGGCUCUGCCAGACCUUCAUAGCGGAAACAAGGUGUCCGUAUACGACACACACAGCAGAACGUGGGCUCCGGCCAUGGUGGUUGGUCCUGCGGGGCCACCGCGAUCCUACGUAGUGGCUACAGACAGUGGACAGCAGUUACGCCGUACGAGAGAGCAUCUCAGGGCCACAGAUGCUGCUCAGCCUGCUCAGUCACAAGCAGAAACACCAAAACAGGCAGCGCCAAGUACCCCAGCAGACGCAGUUCAAGCCCCACUUCGAAGAAGUGAACGGGUACGCCAAGAGCCGCAACGUUAUCCACUACCAGAACGUAAAUAGCAGAGCAAUCCUUGUUUGCAAAUGAAAAUGUUCAUCAA